AUGAAUUGCUGGAUUGGGAGAUUAAUCGGCAAAGGUUCCUUUGGCAAGGUCUACCUCGCUUCGCAUAAACUCACCAAUGGGUCCAAAGUUGUCCUUAAAUCUUCCAACAAGGAAGACACCAACCUCGCGCGCGAGAUCCACCAUCAUCGCCAGUUCCUUCAUCCCCACAUAGCGCGACUUUACGAGGUCAUCGUGACAGAGAAACUGGUGUGGCUGGUGUUAGAGUAUUGUCCGGGCGAUGAACUCUAUAAUUAUCUCCUGCGACAUGGUCCGCUCCCGGUAGAGAAGGUCAAGAGGAUUUUCACGCAACUUGUCGGCGCGGUAGCUUAUGUCCACAGCAAGUCCUGUGUCCACCGGGAUCUGAAGCUGGAGAACAUCUUACUGGACAAGCACGAGAAUGUCAAGCUGUGCGAUUUUGGUUUCACCCGGGAAUACGAAGGCAAAUCAAGCUACUUACAGACCUUCUGCGGUACGAUAUGUUACAGUGCGCCGGAAAUGCUGAAGGGGGAGAAGUAUGCAGGGGAGAAAGUCGAUGUAUGGAGUUUGGGGAUCAUUCUAUACGCCCUGCUGGCAGGGGAGCUCCCGUUCGAUGAGGACGACGACCAGGUCACCAAAACCCGUAUCCUCACGGAAGAGCCGACAUUCAACGAAAAAUUCACCGAGGAUGCCAAGUCGCUCAUCAACUUGCUUCUUUCGAAACGCCCUCUCAUUCGACCAAGUUUGGACGAAAUCCUGGGACAUCCGUUCCUAGCAGAACACGCCUCCGAACAGCUAGCCAUUCUGAAGAUCCCGCGUCCCGCACCCUUCUCCACUCCGCUGGAGAAGACCACUUUGCAAAGAAUGAAGAGCGCUGGUGUCAAUAUUGAUGAGGUGGUUGAUAGCGUCCUGGCUCAGCGGUGUGACCCUCUUGCUGGGUGGUGGGCCUUGUUGAUCGAAAAGGAGCAACGAAAAGAGCGCAAGCGGGAGCGGAAACGACGUGAACGAGAAGCAGAGGCGAAAAAUAUCCGGCGCUUGAGUGCUGCGAGCACCCGACUAGAGAAGAUCUCCGCAGCUCUCGUCGAAGUGGAUGAAGAGGGUCACGCAUCAUCGGACGCUCCUCUGUACGAACGAGGCCGAAGAGAUCGGCGCAGUUUGCCUUCGCAGCUGGCUGUACCUGAGCUGCCAAUACUCCCUGAGCCCAUUCCAACGAAACCUGUCGAACCCACCGCUCCCAACAACACUUCCACGCCGCCGCCCCCUCCCAUCGAUAAAGAUUCCAUCCGAUCUGCGAGUUCCACUCGCCGUCGCCCACAGCCGCCCCCGAAAGAUAGACGGCGCUCACGGCCGAGCACAUUGCACAUGAGUGCUUCUCAGCCUGAACUAAAUCAGCACAGCAACGGACUCUUCCGUCGUCGCACACGUCGUCAAUACCCCAUUAUCAGCCAACUCGCUUCUCUCAAGCACUGGUUUGUGGAGUCUGCAAAACGAGCCAAGUCCCCUCACAGUAAAGCCGCUGGCGGCCCUGGGGCCCAUCGCAAAUUUCUUGCAGAGAAGUUGAGUCCGGCGAAAGGGAAUGAAGACGCAAAAAAGACUGCUACCGCCCCAUCUGGGACGACACGAUCCGGCGAACUCUCGACGCCGACACAAAUCAAACGGGCCUCCAAUGCCAGCAGCCUGGCCUUGAGUAACGCUUCUUAUCCAAACCAUCGUCACUCGUUCCCGCGUCAAUCGCGGCCAGUGAGCACCAGCCGAGCGAGCCACCGGAACUCUCUAUCACCCUCCCCCAUCACUCCCAGGGGCUCUUAUAGACUCUCGUCGGCGGGUCUGCGUGGCCGCAAGUCGACUUCGUCUUCUGUGUCAUCCAUCAGAAGCAUCCAUCACGUUCACACUCAUUCGAAAGCCUCAUCUGUUUCUUCCAAUAGCAUUGGCUCGAUCUCUACGCCCACAGCUCGAGCGUCAAAGUCUCCUCACUCUUCGGUAAAAGUUCUCCCCACGACUCCAAGCGCCUCGUCCCGGUUUCCCAGCAAUAUCCGGCUGGUGCGCGGCCCCAAUAACGCGUAUCGAGAGACGGAUGAUUCCAAUGGCCGGAUAAAUUCGCUUUUUAACGAGGCAGCACCCGCUCCCUUGCUUUAUUCCCCGUCUUCUAGUCUUGUGUUUGCCCGUCGGAAGAGAUCUGCGUUCAAGGGUCCUAUGGUCCACACGGCCAACCUGAUGGUGUCGGGCGGCAUGGCAGCACCUGAAUGUCAGAAUGGUGGCAUCGGGGCCGCAGAACCCGCAGGCCCUGCUCGGCCGGCGGCACGAAAGAGCCAGAUCAUCGAGGAAGAGGACUUGGAGGACGAAGAUAUCGAAGAGGUCGACACAUUUACGGGUACAGAAGAGGACCCGGGGUCUCCAGUCGACGCAGGCAGGUCGGAAGACCAGUUCGCGGUAGGGAAACCCGCUGAUUCUCCUGGACGGUCUCGUAAACCGGCUCUUGCUCCUGCGCCGGACAUCGACCCGGUCCCUAUACGCCCGCCUCGCUCGUCGUCCCUUCGAUCCCCGCGGCCGGGCUCGUCGGCUGCGGGGUCCGGACACAAUGAAGUCACUGCGGAUAUGUCCCCCCGAUCCGCGGCAUGA